AUGGCUAUGUACUCGUAUUUUAAUCGAAUCGGAUACUCAAGAACAUGGGAAAAAUUUCAAGACCUUUUCUUGGUUUUGGCGAUUUUCAUUGGAUUGCUGGCAACUUAUUCACUAUCAGUCAACCUGUACAAUCAAAACUGGACCCUAUUAACAACACCGAUUGAUAUCAGUGAUGAUCUCGGGAAUGAAAUUGGUGAUAUCAUACUGGCCAUGACUGAUUGGGCAGUGAUCUUGAGUCUCUUCACCACUCCAUUGGCUGUCUAUUUCUCGGCAACAAAUGAUCGAUUAUCGUUUCCAAUACGAUUGCUAGCUACCGCUGAAAAUGCGAACAAAUUCGUGUUCGCAGUUGUGUAUGCCUUGAUGUGUUAUUGUAGCGUUGGCUUUGUGCCGUUUGUAUGCUCACAAAAUACGACCAUCCUUUUCUCUCAGAUCUAUUCCUACGCGAACUACUAUGAUCUCAUCGAUAUUUCACAAUAUUGUCAGCUUUUGAUAUCGUUUAGAGUGAUCCCCGUUGGUUGGGGACUCGCCUAUCAAUUUCAUGGCUUAUGCCGGAAAAUCUCCCCACAAUUUUGUGUCGACGUGCACUCGAUCACUUUACACUGUGUCGCCUAUGCUUACUCAUUGCUUCCAUUAUCAUUUUGGUACCGUUAUUAUGUACUCGUCAACGGCGCGCCUCGCCCGAAAACAAUAGCCUUACUCUGUUUCAUCUUUUACAUUCCAUCUUUUGUUUCAAUGAUAUUGUUCGCCAUUUCGACAAGUCCACCAGCUUUGGUGCGAAAAAUGUUGGCGGAGCAACGGAAUUCUUCACUUUUCCCCGAUAAUCCGAACAUUGCGGCAAUUGCUGGAUUUGAGAGUGUUUGGCAGAAAACAACCUUAGCACUGAUCAGUUGGUCUGGUUUACCGAUUUUCCCUGGCUAUACCGCAUCGAUCAUCUAUCGGACUCGAAUUUUGCGAAUUCUCGAGAAAAGUGCAAUGAGUGAGAAGUCAAAGGAAAUACAAAAGAAAUUGGUUAUGGCUUUAACGAUUCAAGCGAUACUUCCACUUUUCAUGAUGAGCCAGGCGACCGUUUAUAUUUGGCGGCAGUUCAAAUUACCCUAUGGUGAAUCGGCUCCUUACUUCGAGGAAUGCGUCUUCUUGUCGGUGGCUAUUCUCAGCUCAAUCAAUCCAUUGAUCACAAUCUAUUUCGUUCCGCCGUAUCAAAAGAAAGUCUGUCGGAUGAUGCUAUUACCAUUUUUGCGAUCAAAGAGAAAAGUGCACAAGGCGAAAUAUGAGCAAAAUGGAUCAAUCUCUGGGACGCCUCCAUCAACAAAAAGUUCAAAAAUGGAUACGAUUUUU